UCCUUAUGCAGGAAGAGCUUCAGUGUAUGAUAUGCACAGAGAAAGGGUUACUAGACUGUUGUGUAUUUGACAGUGCUGAGUUCUCUUUAGGUUCCUCAGUAUCGACUGCUCCAGUGAAAAGGUCCAGUUCCUGACCAGACUGUCUGCAUUUAUUCAGUAAUUCUACAUGGUUGUUUGGCAAGGCAAGUAUAAAGCAGAGAAGCAGAGGUUGUAUAAAGCAGAGACAGACUGGGACCCAGGAAGAAGUCACCAGAUAUUCACUAUGGAGAGAAGGUCCUUGAAGGAGAUAAAGUUUCUGAAGGAGAGGAUGGGGGCGCAGCUGAAGGAGCUAAACCUGAACCCUAAAACACGAGAAAACACGAAAAAAGCAGUGAAGGGAUUCACAGACUUUAUACAGAACAAGGAGACGGAGGAGACAGACAACAGCUACGAUAACAAAGAGAUGUGUGAGUACCAGGUUUGUGUGUGUGCUUACGCAUGCGUGUGUGUGGGCACGUACAUGUAAAUGGAUGAGUGACUGAAAGCCUGUUUAGAUCAUUUGAGUAAACACUGACAACUAAGGUGGUAGGUUAAGGUCAAAAUCAAAAGUAAGAAUUAUAGCCUGAGGCAACAGAGCCUGGCAAUUGCCCUGUUUGACAGGAUUGUAAAGUGUGUUCUUGUAAUUAUGGUAUCACAUGUUAAGAAACAUUUUGUGAAUAUUCAAUGCUAGCAAAUUCUUAUAUAGACCAAAGCAAGCAAUGAAUAUCCUUAUCCUCUUGAUUAUAAUGACCAAGCAUGGAAUCUGUUUUGAUAAUAUACUGUAGAAAUGAUGAUUGCUCAUGACCAAACCCCUGAUCAUUCCUAUGGUUGAAUCCAUGUUGGAAAACCUUUCUAAGGUGUGUUAGGCAUACCCUAUAUGCUCUUUGCACACUGGGUGUUCACAUCCAGUCAAAUCAUUACCCAUGACAGAUAAAUGCUCUACAAACACAGCAAAGAGCUGUGUUUGUAUAGGGCACACACACAGACACACACACACACACACACAACUCAUUCCACCCUCAUAUUAUUCAAAGUAACUCCAAUUUCACACGCUCUGAAGAAAAACAUUUUCUCUGAAGAAAAACAUGCAUAUUGAUGUCUUAUUGUGAAGCACCUUGUGUGUCUGUUGUGUGUUUGUAGUGUUGGCGCUAGAGAAGGAGUACAUUGACGCAGCAAAAAUAAAUGAUGUACAGACCAUGAAGCUUCUGGGGAGGGCGGUCAAUGUCGACGCAAAGAACUUGGUGAGUCAGUCCUCAUAUCCAUGGAACACCAAAGGUCAAAUAGGGGGUGCUUAUAUUUGUCCUGUUUCACCCAUGUGUGUAGUAUGAAAUGGAAAUGUGUUUUUUGCAUAUCCCCCUGAGAGUGGGGUCACAGCCAGGGAUCAGCCAUUAGUGACCAUGGAGCAAUUAGGAUUAAGUCCCUUGCUCAAGGGCAGAUCAACAGACUUUUGACCUAGUCGGCUCAGGGAUUCGAACUAGCAAAAUUGUUGUUACUGGCCCAACACUCUAACCGCUAGGCUACAUGCAGCUAGCCACACUGCAGUUAAUAUAACCAUAUAUUCUGUUCUGUGUCACUUGUUUGAAUAACUUGUCCCAUGCAUUGAUCUCAGCAUGAUCGUACUGCCCUGCACUAUGCAGUAGCUGGAAAAAACAUAGAGGCCGUCCAAGUCAUUCUACAGCGCAGAGCAAAUCUCAAUCAAGCGGACAAGGUAGGAAGACAACACUUUUUCAUUGUUACUGAUGGUGAAAUUUUAAGCUUGUCCUCUUCAACAAACAAUCAGACAUGUGAAGAGAUUGGCCAUGGUUUGUGAAAAUGAAACAGCUCCACUCUCUCUAUAUAUCUUUCUCUCUCCCCCUAUUUCUUCCAUACAUACUCACAUAGCAUGGAGUGACAGCCAUCCACCUGGCUGCCUGGUUUGGGAGUGUACCCAUCCUGAAGUUGCUUGUGCAGGGUGGUGCUGACCCAGGUGUUCAGAAUGUGGUAGGGAGCCUCUGUUAAAAACAUUCUCUUUGAAUCCAGAAGGCCUUGAAUGUGUCUCAGAAAUCCCUUUCCUUGUCCCGCUGGUCAGACCUAAGUUGUUCUCUGACAUCUCAGACAUCUGGGAUGUCAAUUACAAUAAACAACCAUCGAGCCAAUUUCUACAUAGCCAAUGGAGAAUCCAAUAUGUCAAAUUGUCUUGAGGUGUCAUGUAUGGAGAUGGUGAGUUGUAUUAUCUGUUCUCAGGUGGGAAUGAACAUCCUGCACUGUGCUGCUAUCAACAACCACACCGACAUAGUGACGUUCAUUAUCUACGACUUGAUGAUGAAAGAGCUGGACAAAGAGGACCUGGUAACUACAUAGACAUACAGUAUCAGUAACCAUUACAUCCAUUUCAAAUGUUGGUUGGGCUGCCUUUGUUCAGUAAGCUGACCUUUUUUCAUCCUCUCCUCUUCUCUUCCUCCGCCUUCUCUCUUUCUCAGUCUGGACACAGGGCGUUUGCGUUGGCAGCAGAGCAUGGCUCUGUAGAGAUGCUGCAGAUGUUGAUGGAGGAGGCAUACAAUAUGGCCACCAUGGAGGAAGACCAGGUGUGUGUGUAGGAGGCUGUAUGACUGUUCCACUGUUUCUCUAUCUCCCCUUCCCGUUUACUGUGUUUCUCUCCUUUCCUCCCAACCUCCUGCUUUUCCUCUUUCUCUAAAUGCUAGAAUGGGGACACACCUCUGCACUUGGCUGCCAGCAAUGGCCAUUUGGACACCGUUCAGCUACUGUUGAAGAGCUUUGAUACCCGUGAUGAAGUCAAUAUGGUAGAGUCCCACUGGAAACACUGUCUGAAGCUGUUUGAUUGCCAGCAUGUGUGACUGUGUUUGCUCAAUGACUCCACCAUACUGUAGCUGCUUUAGGUCAAUAGCUGAUCAAUGAGUGAUGUAUCUGGGGCAGGUUGGGGAGACAGCUCUGUACCUGGCUGCUGACGCUGCCCAUGAGGACUGUGUCCAGGCUCUGUUGGAGGCAGGCUGUGACCUAAACAUUGUCACCAUGGUACGCCAGCAAACCACACCAACCUCACACUCCAACCAGUCAUUAAAAUGGACACCACUAGGCAUAGUUACUAAAUCAUUAAAGGAAGGAUCCCUCCAGACCCAGUUUGGAGGGGACCCCCCACCACACCACCACCACACACACACACACACCCACCAUUCAAUGGGAACCUCUCCACUCCUCUCUUAGAGCCAAGGCUCUGCUCUACACCCUGUCUCAGAGAAGGGCCACACGUCAUUGGUGAAACUCCUCAUAGAGAACUCGGCCCAGAUGGACUUACAAAACCAGGUGAGAGUGAGCAUAGAGAACUCGUACUAAGUCUUGGUCAACCAUGAAUACAGCCAACAUGUUAUCCUAGUAAUUACUCAGUAGUAAGUGACCUGACAUCAGAGAGUUUCUAUCUAAUGGUCCAUGUUGGUUGUGUCUCUGUUGGCAGCACCUCCAGGCUCCUCUCUACCUGGCAGUGAAGAACUGUCACAUCCCUGUCAUCCACACACUGCUGGAGGCUGGCUGCAACAUCAACAUCACUGAUCACGUAUGUACAACGCAUGUGCACUCAGUCCACAUCAAUGUUGUAAUCAUAACUAAUGCUAUUUUGAAAUCAUCAGUGCAUCCCAAAUGGCACCCUAUCCUCUGCUGAAUAGGGUGCAUUUGGGAUGCAACUAAUGAUUUAGAGACAUUGUAAUGGUUAUGGGUUUGAGUUUGGUAAUCUGACUCUAGAUCUGUGGUUAAGGGCAACUUGUACCUUGAGCUCCUGUCUGUCCUCCUUAGAGGUCCCAGACUGUCCUGCAUGUAGCAGCAGAGCUGGCCAGAGUGGACAUUGUUGACAUGCUUCUGAAAGCUGGGAUGGACCUGACCCUCCUUGACAAGGUGAAACAUGGACAACCACAACUAUGAUCUAAACCUGAAUUGGCUAAUUUGACCCCUCUCCUCUUCACUGCAACUUCCCACUCAGUAUUUUCUGCCUUGUUUUGAGCAGCAGGGUAAGACGGCACUGGGUGUGGCAGCCCGAGCAGACGAGGUCAUCAUCGUGGACAUGAUCAUCAAGGCAGAGAGAUAUUUCACAUGGAGGAGGGUAAUAAAGGACCAUAAUGGAAAUAAAUCACUUCAUUGUGUGUUUAUCUUAUAUAAUUGUGAAAGAAUAUAGACCGUGUACUGUUAUAUGUGAGUCCUCCCUAUAAGUGAUAUGGCUGUAUGUGUGUUUUUAAAUGAUCAAAUGCGGUACAUUCAAUCAAUCAAUGAGACUAAUACGUUGCGGUAGUGGAUGCACUGUCCAUGCACUGUCCAAUCCAUGCACUGUAGUGGAGCUGGAAAUCAAUGAUUACAUUCAUCACAGAUUAUUAAUUUCCUAUCACAACUCCAGAUGAAUCCCUGUAAUACCAUUAAUGCUGGCUGUGGAAAAAGGAUUUGUGCUGAAAUGCUUGACAACCAAUUUCAGUGUCAAUUUGAUUAUGUUUCUUCCAUCCCCAACCUUACCUGACAGUCAAAACAAGUGGCUCUGGCAUUCAAUAAGCAUGGGCCUGCGUGUGCUUGUCUCUGGACACUGUGCUCAGUGUGUGAAGCUUGUGUCCUUUCUCAGGAGGUGACUUAAUGUGAUUACCCUUCCAGGCCAACACUGAGCUUAAUGAGAACCUUCACAGCCAGUGUCCGCUGACGUUUAAAAUAGACCAUCGCGCGGAGAGCAAACAGGUCCGCGGUAAGGCCUGGCACCUGGCCUACCACCUGCUGGAGCCGGGUGACUGGAAGAGGCUGGCGCUGCACUGGAACUUCACUGAGCAGCAGGUGGCUGCCAUCGAGGUGCAGUGGACAGGUGACACAACACCGCUGGCUCAGUGUUGCCCAGGGGUUAAUUGUUCACAGGAAUAUCAGAAAAUAUGAGAACUCAUUAACUGAUUACAAAUACAACAUUUAAAUAUAUGGUAAGAGGGAUUCUGAUGUAUUUGUUCUGUAGUUACUUGGCAUUGUGUCCCAAAAACAAUCCACUUAACAAGGAAAGCUUUAACUACACUAACUUUAUUUGAUUAAUGUUUCCCUUAUUUUACCAGGUAAGUGGACACAUUCUCAUUUAGUCUGUUCACUGUUUGUGUGUAGGGAAGCGGAGCUACCAGGACCAUGGGAACAGGAUGCUGUUGAUCUGGCUCCAUGGGUCAGAGCUGGCCCAGAGGAAUCCAGCUAAAGAGCUCUACCAGGGCCUGCUUGCCAUAGGCAAAAAGACUAUAGCAGGUAUGGGGUGUCCAUGACCAUUACCCCAUAGAAAAAUAUUACAUUAAUGUUGAAGCCAUAACAGAGAAUUAUAGAUGGCUGUUUGGUUGUUUUGCAGAUAAAAUACGAAUGGACACAGAGGAAGGAGACAUUAAGAAAUGCAUCCUUUCAUAAAGGGUGUUGAAAGUGUCUACAUGUACGGACAGACGUUCAGUCAACGAGAUUCUAUAUUUUUCCAAAGGAGAGCAUUUGUGUGGUUAUUUUUCAAUGGAUCUGUAGUAGUACAGUACACAUUUCCAUUUAUAUCUAUUUAGUGAAUGGUUUAUUAUUCUGAGAACAUUUGCAAUUCAUGUUUUAUUCAUGUUCCAUCAAUUUACCGUAAAGGUUUAUAGUGCAGAUUUUGGCCA